AUGGCUCUGAAAAACCGAACUCAGACCUACUACAAGAACUGGGCCGUGCAGGUCAAAAAGGACCUCCAGGUCGAGAAGGGUAGGGGAGACGGAGAGGAUAUCAGAAUCUGGUCCAACCAAGAUCUUGAUCCCACUCCUCCCCACAAAAGAACCUGGCACUGGUGGAACUACCUCCUCUAUUUUGUCGGCACAGGUUUCAACAACUGGCAAGGUGGUUCAGCCGUGAUCGGGGUUGGUCUGGGCUGGCAGGCUGCCAUCGCCAUCGCCUAUAUCACUCAAAGCAUCUCGGGUGUCGUUCAGGCCCUCAACUCCAAGGCAGCUGCUCGCUACCACCUGGGCUUCCCUGCCAUUGCACGUUCCGUCUAUGGCAUGUGGGGAAGCACAUACCAGGUCGCCGUUCGAUCGAUCCUGGCCGCUGUUUGGUACGCCACCAAGACGUAUGAAGGCGCCAGUUACUUGAACAUAAUGAUGAGAUGCGUCUUUGGCCAUGCGUACACGGACAUCCCCAACCACGUUCCAGAGAGCAUCGGGUACACCACCAAGGACUUCCUCUGCUACUUUCUGGUCUGGAUGCUCUACACCCCCUUUUUGUUUCGCCGACCGUACCAACUCCGCAACUUCUUCACAGGUGCCUGCUUCGCGAGUUUCCCUGCUGUCUUCGGGUUGUUCAUCUACUGCAUCGCCAAAUCGGGCGGCAAGCUCGGGCUGGCCGAGAACGCCGGUUCUGUCAAAAUGGACACAAGUACUACUGCGUGGCUGGUCGUAUAUGCCAUGGCGAGCUCGAUCAGCAACGGUGCGGCAUAUAUUGAGUCCGUUCCGGACGUGGCUCGAUGGGCUGCCAAACCCAACUCAGUCAUUCCGGCAACCUUGUUCUGCAACUUCAUUUACAACCCUUUGGCUGCCGUGCUUGGCAUACUAGGAACCUCAGCCUUGCAGAGCGCUACAGGAGAAACUAUCUGGAAACCAUGGGAUGUGAUGACGCUCAUCCUCGAGGAAAACUGGACCUCAGGAGUUCGCUUUGGGGUCUUCCUGCUCGCCUGCUGUUGGUUCUACCUGGUCUUUGCUCAGAACAUCUCCUCGAACAUGAUUCCAUUUGGUGCUGACAUCUCUAUGCUCUGGCCCAAACAUCUGACAAUGACACGAGGCUAUAUCAUUGUCCACCUUUUGGCGUGGUGCAUCUGCCCUUGGAAAAUCUAUGUCUCGGCAGAGACCUUCUUCAAUUUCAUGGGUGCUUACGGCAUCUUCAUGGGUCCAGCUGUGUCGAUCAUGCUGGUGGAGUACUACCUCAUCAGCCGAGGCAAUAUCUUCGUCUCGUCCAUCUACAUCGGCAACUCGAAGAACCCCAAUUACUGGUACACUGGAGGUUGGAACGUUCAGGCUUACAUUGCCUAUAUCUUUUCGGUCGGUCUCUGCUUUGUCGGCUUUGUGAACAAAGUGGGAGCCACCGUCCCAGCUGCGGGUGAGAAAAUCGGGUAUCUAGCCUGGUUCCUCUCCUUCACUUCGGGAGGCGUUGUCUAUUAUCUUGUUAAUCUCGUCUACCCACACCAGAACGUCAAAAAUGUAAAGGAACUCAAGUGGGAGGAAAAUGCCGAUACCAACGACGUCGAGAUAGCCGGGAUUGAGGUCGUGCGCAGCCAAAGCGAAACAGCGGAUGUGGAAAGAGAGGCAUACGCAAAAGCGUCAGACAACAAGUACGUUGUCGCAUCCUCCACUACAGACUAG